UCAAAAUGUCAGAUUCACGUAUGACAGUUUUCAUCGUCAGUUGAUUUUAAAUGCUGUCUGUGUGUGUAUAUUAUUUAAUUUCUUUUAUAUAAAUUUUCAAUUUUUUUAAAAUUUAAUAAUAAUUUUACAAUGGCAAUUUACACCAGUUGACAAUUUUUUUUUUUUUUUAUUAUAAUUUAGUUAUCAAAAAAGUGUUAGAUUUUCUAUAUAUAUAUAUAUGUAAAUUAAUCUAUAAAAUUUUUAUCUGUGCUACCUACGUAAAAUUGUUCUUCAAUCUUUUAAUAAAUAUCUCUGUAAUUAAUAAUUUCAACUUUAACAUUACAAUCAGCAAAAAUGACGAUAAAUACUGAUGUUUACGAUGAUUUGUACUUGUACGCGACUCCUGAAAAAUUUUACAUAGAACCAGUAGGAACAAAAGUAUUACUUGUAGUUGAUAGAGUUAGUCAACAAAUUUACACACAGGCUGGUACUGCGAGUCAAAUUCCCCAAACGGCGAGUAGACGAAAAAUAUGGGGUAUCGUGGGUACAAUAAGGCUAUUAGCAUCACGUUAUUUAAUUGUAAUAACAAGCGCAGAAACUAUUGGUACAAUAGCGGGACAACAAAUUUUCAAAAUAAUUUCAACUGAAAUUAUACCCUAUGCAAGAUCGUUACUUCAUUUAAAUGAACGACAAAAGCAAAAUAAUGCCACAUAUUUAGAAAUGAUUAGAAAUGUAUUAAAUACACCACAUUUUUAUUUUAGUUAUACAUAUGAUCUCAGUCAUACAAUGCAAAGAUUACAUAAUACGAAUCCAGAAUUUUUACAAAUGCCACUUUACGAUAGAGCUGAUCCUCGAUUUGUGUGGAAUGCAUAUAUGUUACAAGAAUUAACAUCGAGGCCAGAGCAGCAUAAAUUUUGCUUGCCAAUUAUUCAUGGCUUUGUUUCAUUGAACACAAUUGUGAUAAAUGGCAUUGCAUUUAAUUGGGGAAUUGUUUCACGACGGAGUAUUCAACGUGCUGGUACGAGAUUAUUUUCACGUGGUAUAGAUGGAAAUGGUAAUGUUUCAAAUUACGUUGAAACAGAGCAAUUAAUUGAAGUGAACGGUGAUCGAAGUUCCUUUGUACAAACUCGUGGAUCAAUUCCAUUAUUUUGGCAACAAGCACCAAAUCUCAAGUACAAACCAAAACCACAAUUAAUUCCACAUGAAGAUCAUCAAACAGCAUGUACAAGACAUUUUGAAGCACAGAUAUUUCAUUAUGGAAAACAGAUUUUAGUUAAUUUGAUCGAUCACAAUGGAGCAGAGGGUGAAUUAGAGAGGGCAUAUCGUGAUAUUGUUAAUCGAAUAGGAAAUCAAAAUGUACGACUUGAAUCAUUUGAUUUUCAUGCGGAAUGUAGAAAAAUGCGUUGGGAUCGAUUGACAAUAUUAAUGGAUCGUUUGGCUCAUGAUCGUGAACAAAUUGGUUAUUUUUUAUUAACAAGAAAUAGUGCAUUACUCUCAGUGCAGGAUGGCGUUUUUCGUACAAAUUGCAUUGAUUGUUUGGAUCGUACAAAUGUUGUUCAAAGUAUGUUGGCAAAAAGAGUACUUUCAGAUGCAUUAUGUAAAUUAAAAGUCCUGAGAAGCGUUGAGGAACAUCCACAAUUGGAAAAUAUGUUUAAACAAGUAUGGGCCGAUAAUGCGGAUAUAAUAAGUAUAGAAUAUUCUGGUACAAGUGCAUUGAAAACAGAUUUUACACGUACGGGAAAACGUACAAAACUUGGGGCAAUUAAAGAUGGUAUAAAUUCAAUGACAAGAUAUUAUAAAAAUAAUUUUGCUGAUGGUUAUCGACAAGAUUCGAUUGAACUCUUUUUGGGACGUUAUGUAAUUCAGGACGAUGAAUGUUCAUCGAGAAAAUGUCCACUUGAAUCUGAAAGAAAUUGGCGUUACGCAACAUUCCCACUUGUAUUAUUAGUGGCGUCGGCAAUGUUAGUUGCACAUAUUAUUCUACCAUCAAGAUAUACAACUGAAGUUUUACUUUAUAUGUUAUUUUGGGGUGGUAUGGUCGCUGGAACAUUUGCAACAAUUGUUCAUCAUGGCAAACAAUAUGUCGAUAAGCCAAGACUUAUUUAGUAUUUUGUUUGGAGAAAAAAAUUUCCGUUACGUUCAAAUUGUUAAUGGAAAAGUAUAUAUAAAUAUGGUAUGUUGUAAUUUAUGUGUCAUGAAAUUGUACUUUUUCUCUUUUUUUUUAAUUAAAAACAAAAAAAAUAUAAAUAAAUAGGUUAAAUAUAUUAAGAAA